AUGUUUGUUCUGGUUUUAGUGCAAGCAGCAGACCCUUCAUCAUCGGAAGCACCCAUGCACAAAGCAGAGCAACAAGCUCUUUACUCUGCUGUUCAAGCCUUUGUGGGCAGCUGGUGGAACGGCUCAGAUCUUUAUCCUGACCCUUGUGGCUGGACCCCAAUUCAGAAAUGUUUUAAUGAUCAUGCGCAGGGAGUCUAUUGUGAUCUCUACAAUGACUUCUGGUAUGUUAGUGUUAUAAACAUCGGGCCGCUCUACGACAACUCUCUUCGGUGCACCACAAAUAUUGCUGAGUUUUCACAUCACCUGUUCAACCUCAAGCACUUGAAGGUCCUCUCAUUUUUCAGUUGCUUCCUCUCACCAAGCCAAAACCCUAUAACAAUUUCCACUUCAAACUGGGAAAAGCUCGCAAACAGCUUAGAAUCCUUGGAGUUUCGAUCAAACCCCGGUCUCAUUGGAACAGUUCCAAACACUUUUGGUUACCUCAGAAACCUGCAAUCUCUAGUUCUGCUAGAAAAUGGAUUAGGAGGCAACUUGCCUGAGGAAAUAGGCACUUUGGUCAACUUGAGGCGGCUUGUCCUUGCAGGAAACCAAUUUUCAGGUAAGAUUCCAGAAAGCUUUGGAGGGUUGAGUAAGCUCUUAAUAUUGGAUGCAAGCAGAAAUAAACUGUCUGGUUCAUUGCCUUUGACUUUUGGAAGUUUGACUUCACUUCUAAAGCUGGACUUAAGCAACAAUAUGUUGGAGGGGAAGUUGCCUAGAGAGAUUGGAAGGCUAAAAAAUCUCACACUUUUAGACCUUGGCAGUAACAAAAUAUCUGGUGGGUUAACUCAGUCACUUGAAGAACUGGUUUCUGUAAAAGAAAUGGUGAUAUCCAACAACCCAAUAGGGGGUGGCUUGAAGAGCAUUGAGUGGCAAAAUCUACAAAGCUUGGAAAUUUUGGACCUUUCAAACACAUGCUUGACAGGAAACAUUCACAAGUCCAUGGCAGAAAUGAAAAGGCUUAGAUUUUUAGGACUUAACAGCAACAAUCUCUCAGGAAGAGUAUCUCCAAGGCUGGCAGCUCUGCCUUGCAUUGGUGCUCUUUACCUUUAUGGCAACAAUUUCACUGGAGAACUUGAAUUCUCAGAAUCCUUUUAUAGGAGGAUGGGAAGGCGCUUUGGAGCUUGGAACAACCCAAAACUUUGUUACAGGGCUGAAGUAAAUUCAACAGGCCAUGUUCCUUAUGGGGUAAAAUCAUGUAAGCAAGAAACCACUAUUAAUAUUUCUGGUAAUGUUCCUUCAAAUGCCAAGUUCAGUGAAGCAAACUGGGAUCACAGUAUCCAAUUUGUGGCAUCCUUGGGAUUUUCAAGUUGUAAUCUUGAUGGGGUUCUGUGGGCUGCUGCUCAACACAGAAAGUUCAUGAUUUUGAGUUACUUUUACCACACGGUAAGAAACAUUUUCCUGACUGUCCUCUCAUCAUCUCAGCUAGUUUCACUCAACAGCCUCAUCCUCAGCUGCCCUUUGAAAAACAGUUGUACCAAGUCAAAGAUAGGCCUUGCUCAACGGCUACCUUCAACAAGCCCACCACCUCCACUUUUUACUCCUAACAAUCCUCACUUCCAAGUCUUGUUUGUAACUUGCACGAAAUUUGAAGUUGGAGGAAAGAAUGGGUGGGAGGUCCCCAAAUCAAAGAAUGACCAACAAAUGUAUAACCAAUGGGCAUCAGAUAACAGGUUCAAGGUCGAUGACACUCUCCAUUUCAACUACACCAAAGACUCGGUGCUGGUGGUGACCAAGGACGAGUACGAAAAAUGCCAUUCUGCUCAUCCCAUCUUCUUCUCCAACAAUGGUGUGACUGUGUUCACAUUGGACCGGCCUGGUUUGUUCUAUUUCAUUAGUGGGGUUUCUGGGCACUGCGAGAGAGGCCAGAAGAUGAUCAUCAAAGUGUUGGAACCAGCAAGCCCACCUCAAUCUGCUGACCAGAACGAGCAGAAGAAUGAUGCUGCAGUUGCAAUGGCCACCAUCUCUUCUGCAACUCUCAUUUCCUGCAUUAUGUCAUUUGUGGGGAUUGGUUUUAACUCUUGA